UUAAAGUAAUGAUACACUAUUCAAAGUGUGGAGUGAGUGAACAACACAACACUCUCCCUUAAAUGCAUUCAAGUAGGACAGAAACAAAUUUUAUAAGAAGAAUUUUCGUUCUCCAUAUUAUGCUUCUUUUUUCUUUUUCUUUUUUUUUUUUUUUUCUUUCUAUAUAUUGUUUUUCUAAUAAAUUUUUUUUUUUUUUUGGUAAUUAAAAAAUAAAUACUGUAAGUAAAAAUUACUGUACUAGUACCACAACAAACACGGAGGGAGUGACUGACUUUUACAUUUAAAUUCAAAGAGAGCAUGACUAUGGCAACUUCAAUGGCGGGUCGAGGCCUGCCCACCGCCAACUCUCAUUUCUCUCAACCCCUCUCUCUGGUCACGUCCAUAUCCUCGCUUCUUCAAACCCUAGACCCACAAAGCCCUAAUUCUCCCAAUCCCAAGCAUUCUCCACUCAACCAAUUCUCUUCACACUUGAACCCUAACUUAGUCAUUGAUGUCAUCAACAACCAAACCAACCCUCACCAUGCCCUCUUCUUCUUCAAAUGGGCCUCAAACCCUAACCCUAAUCCCAACAAAUACUCUCACCCUUUCAUUUGUUACAUUGCCAUCACUGACCUCCUCAUUUCUCAUAGCUUGUUUUCCACAGCAGCUUAUCUACUUGAAUCGUCGAACAGACUCUCCGAUUUUAUGAUGGGUAAGUUCAUCAGAGCUCACGGCAAUCGCGGCAACAUACGAGGUGCUAUUCACUGGUUUCAUAUCGCCAAAAGGAGAGAGUUUGGUUGUUGUUUGUUUUCGUAUAAUUCGAUUUUGGGGGUCUUAGUGAGAGCGAAUCGAAUAAAAUUAGCAAAGGCUUUCUUCGAUCAGAUUGUCAAUGAAGGUGUGUUGGAACCGGAUGUUUCCACUUGCACUACAAUGAUCAGAGGGUUUUGUAAAAUGGGCAUGAUUGAGGAUGCAAAGAAGGUGUUCGACGAAAUGAAAUGUGAACCAAAUUUAAUUACUUACAACACCAUCAUUAAUGGGUUAUGCAAGAGGGGUUUAAUGGAGAGUGCACAGAGAACCGUCGAUCGCAUGAGAGAGAGCAGGGAUUACUUGCCGGAUACAGUGACUUAUACGACUUUGAUUGAUGGGUAUUGUAAAAGAGGUGAAUUGGACGAGGCACAUAAGUGUUUUGAUGAGAUGGUGGGUCAAAAUUGCAGGCCAAAUGUGUUCACAUACAAUGCUCUGAUUUUUGGUUUGUGUUUGAACGGUAAUAUUGAUGAGGCAAAGAGGAUGAUGACAAGGAUGAGAUUAAAUGGCUUGAAGGAUAAUGUCGCGACACAUACAAGUUUAUUGAAGGGGUAUUGUAUUGUAGGGAGAUCAGACGAGGCUGCCAAGCAUCUCAAGGAAAUGGUUAGUCUUGGGUUGAAACCUGAUGUGAAGUCAUAUGGAGUUGUUGUGAAUGAAUAUUGCAAAAUGGGGAAACCAAAUGAAGCAAUUGCACUUUUAAUGGAAAUGAAGAGAAAAGGCAUUAAUCCAAGCGUUUCUAGUUUCAAUGCAGUAUUUAGGAUUCUUGUGGAGUCCUUGGAGCUUGAUAGGGCUAUUCUUCUUUUGAAGCAGAUGCCACAGAUGGGUUGUCGUCCAAACUUCUUGUCAUAUAACACGGUGAUACAUAGCCUUUGUAGAGCCAAGGGAAGGAUGUCAGAAGCUGAACAACUUGUCCGUGACAUGCUUAGUGAUGGUCAUAAUGUUGAUGCCACGAUGUAUAGUUGCUUGGUUGAGGGAUAUAGCAAGCAUGGGAAUGAGGAAAUGGCAGAACAAGUUUUCCACGAAAUGAUAAACAAGGGCUAUGCCAUUAAUCUUGAAAGCUUUUCUGUUUUUGCCAAGGAGUUGUGUGCAAAGGGUAAGGCGUUUGAGGUUCAGAAAUUCUUUGAGGAGAUGUGUGGGAAAUGUCCUGUAAUUGAUGCGGAUAGUUACAGGAGGAGGUUAUUGGAGUAUCAUUGAAUAACAAAUAGGUGACACACGAUCAAGCUACCAGAGAUCAAAGUAACCAUAAUGCAAGUGGAUGAUAAGAGAAAACACCAGUUUGGGAAUGGGGGUUCAAGUUUGGCAGCUUGAAUCCAUUUUGGUUAUUGAGAUUCAGUGUCAUGUUUUCUGUUAUAUAUGGACAUCCGGGAGGAGGGGUAACUGCCUGUUUUUUUUUUUU